UCCCGUUCUCCUCGCCCAAGGACAGGCAAUCUCUGCUGAUCGAGGCUUCCCCGAACGGCCGGGGCCGCGGCCCUCAGGCCUAGGCUUUGCGGCGAGCGCCAAGCGCCCUCUCCGGAUGGGGCAGGACCAGGCGGGAAACCGCGGCGCCGCUGGAGGCGGAGUCCCGAUACUACCUCCUCCGGCCCGGCCCGGUCCUGUCGGCUCCUCCCUCUCUGGCCGGAGCUCGCCGGCUGCCAUUGGCUUAGCGGCCCCAUCCGGGCACUCGGCGCAGCGCUGUUGCUCAGCCCGAUCAUCCCAAUAUGGCGGAGUUGGCUCUUUAUCGUCUGAGGAUCAUGACUUUGACCCUUCUGCUGAAAUGCUGGUGCAUGAUUAUGAUGAUGAGGGAACUCUUGAAGAAGAGGAGGAAAUGAUGGAAGAAAGCAAAAAUUUCAGCUCUGAAAUUGAAGAUUUAGAAAAGGAAGGAAACAUGCCAUUGGAAGAUUUACUGGCAUUCUAUGGCUAUGACCCUGCGAUUCCAGUUAUGGCCAGUUCCAGUGCAGAUAGCUCUCCAAGUGAACUUGCAGAUGAACUUCCAGAUAUGACUCUAGAUAAAGAGGAAAUAGCUAAAGACCUCUUGUCGGGUGAUGAUGAAGAAACACAGUCCUCUGCUGAUGACUUGACACCAUCAGUUACUUCGCAUGAGGCUACUGACUUCUUUCCUCGGCCAUUAAGAUCAAACGCUAUGUGUGAUGGAGAUAAGGAAUCAGAUGGUGAAGAUGUAGAGGCAGACAAUGGUAAUUCAUCUGAAGAUUUGAGAAAGGAGAUAAUGAUUGGUUCACAGUAUCAAGCUGAAAUUCCACCUUACCUUGGCAGAUACAUUGAUAAUGAAAAGGCCUAUGAAAAUGAAGAUAAUUUACUUUGGAAACCUGAUGUGAUCUCAGAAAGUAAAGUUAAAGAAUACCUUUUUGAAACCUCCUUAAGAACAGGAAGUGAGAACAUGAUUGGCAGAAUUCCUGAAGGACUACAUACACGGGACAAUGAACAAGCGCUAUAUGAACUUCUCAAAAGUAGCCAUAAUGUUGAAGCAGCAAUUGAGAGAUACUGCUCAAAUGGAAAGGCAUCUCUGGAAGAGAUGACGGCAUGGACAGAAGAAGAAUGCAGAAGCUUCGAACAUGGACUUCUGAUUUAUGGAAAAGACUUUCAUCUCAUACAGAAAAAUAAGGUAAGAACCAGAACAGUUGCUGAGUGUGUGGCUUUCUAUUACAUGUGGAAAAAGUCAGAACGUUAUGAUUACUUUGCUCAGCAAACAAGAUUUGGAAAGAAGAGAUAUAAUCAUCAUCCAGGAGUUACGGACUACAUGGAUCGUUUGGUAGAUGAAGCUGAAGCUCUUGGUGGAGCAGUACAUUCUUCAGCCUUAACAUCUAAUACUCGAACAGAAACCAUUCCUGAUCAACAGCUAAGCAUUCUGAACUCUAUCACUGCCAGUGAGUUGACAGCAUUGACAAACAGUGUAGCUACAGUCUGCCAUACUUCAGAUGAGAACUGCCUGGGUGAUGCCUUUCCUUCUAUGGACAGCUUACCCCGAGCACCAGUUAAUCAUGUGCCUAUUGGAACAGAAGAAUUGCUUAACUUGCCUAGCAAUGGUGAAACUGAUUGUUUUAAUUUAUUUGAGACUGGCUUUUAUCAUUCAGAGCUAAACCCAAUGAACAUGUGCGGUGAGGAGACAGAAAGACCUGCAAAGAGAUUGAAAAUGGGAAUUGCUGUCCCGGAAUCUUUCAUGAAUGAUAUCUCUGUAAACAGCCUUGGUGUGGACUUUGAGAACCAUGCACACCAUAUUACCAGUGCCAAAAUGGCUGUUUCAGUGACUGACUUCAGCAGUCUGUCUGCAAAUGAGACAAAUGGUUUUAUCAACACCCAUGGUCUUCACCAACAUACUGCCCUUCACUCAGAAUGACUGUGGAAAACGAAAAAAAACAGUGGGUACUUUAUGCAGUAGUAAUAGUAAAUUUGAUGGGAGCUAUCAGAUUUGCUUAGUCUUUCACUGGAAGUUUGAACUUUGACAUCAGUGAUGUCUUUUUAUGUAUAGAACUAUAUCUUGAUUUAUCAAGAGUAAUUCUGUUUUUCAGUCCAUAAAUGUGGAAAUGUUUGGCAGAGUUUGGAACUAAGAGAACUCUUUGGUGCAGCUUUAAGCUCUGCUUAAUUUUUUUUUUAAAGCCUGUAGACAGAGGCCACCAUUUCAAAACCAGCACAGAAUAUCUGAACUGAUUGGAGGGUCUUUUUAGUCUAAGUUACUUUUGCCGUAACAGAUGCAGUAUAAUAACAAUGUUUACAGGUACCUAUCCUGAUCCCUGCUCAAUGUAGCAUUUUUUUUUAUUCUUAUAAAGGCAGGGAUAGGUUUCUUUAACUUAAACUGCAUGAACAUAAAAGGAUAUUUUUUUAAAUAGAACCUUCUCUCAUGUGAUAAUAAACUAGAGCACUUCAGUUUAAAAAACCAGCAAGUUCAUCUUGGUGGAAGCUAGCACAAGGUACUUAACAUGAGUAAAGUAUGAAGACCUACACUUGGAUGCUGUUGCAAAAUUAUAGGCCAUGGCUACCUUACACAGAAGUAAUUAUGCUGCCAGAGGUAUCUGUGUACUUUAAACUUACUGGCUUAAACAGAUGCAUUUUAGGCUAUUGUAUUUGGAUGAGUUUUGUCCACAACUGUGAAGAUUAAUAUACCUAUGUGACAACUUACCUAAGGCAGAUGAUGUAUAAAGCUACAGUCUGCACAGCUUAGGAUAUACCACUAAACAAACAUUCUACAUUUUAGAAGCCAUCUUAAAUUGUUUGGAACCCUGCAGUUCAAAGUGCUACAGUUUUGAGGGACUAUCUAGUUUAUAUAUAAGUAGUAGAACCUUGAAGUAUGUAUUUGAAAGUUUUUCUUCAGUGUGGAUUGCAUUUACUUGUUUUGGCAAGUCAUUGGCUCAAAAAUGGCACUUCGCCUCCUUGGUCAAAUAAGAAAGAAUGAGUAAAAGUGUUUCCCAUAAAAGCAACUAUUUAACUUCAGUAAUUUUUUAUUUUUAACACUGAGUGCAAUUUAGCCAUCCACAAAGUUUGUCUUGCAAAUAUUUGUCCUAAUUCUUGCAGAACAUUAGUUUGGUAGAAUUACCCCUUUCCCUCCAUACUUUUUCUUUGCACUGUUUGUAUUACAAAUUUAAUUGCCACGAACUUGUUUUCAUUAUUGAACUGAUUAAGCUUGAGUUGUUGAUAUUUAUAAUAGUUGCUUCAAGGUUAUGCUGAGUAAUUAAUAGUGACUUUAAUAUUUGAAAGGGAAGAGGGUAUUUAUUAUGCAUACUGUGAACUGUAUUGACAUCCUGAGUUUUGGAUGUAGCAUAUGGAGUUUUCUUUACAGCAUUGUAAUGAAGAUGAUUGCUUUGAAGCGUUUAUGCAAUAGCACACUUACCAUAUUAAAACAAAAUAGUUUAGCACAGUGGACAAAAGUAAUUUUGUAAUCAGUUCUUAAUUUAUCUGAAACAUGUAAUUCUAGUAAGUACACAGUAAAUAAUGGGUAGUCUUGGGCCCUGUGUUGUACUCUGACAUUUUUAGCCAGGUUGUCAGCUUCUUGUUGAUGUGUUUUGUGCUGAAUAACAAAUUUUAUGUAAUUUUGUAAAAUAUUGGCCAUAAUCCUUCAUUGUUAUACAUUUAAGUUGAUGGGUUUACAGUGAGUGUCUGGUCUGUAUAAAAAUCAUUCUAAAAAGAUGAAUGCUUAUACCAGUUGCACUUAAAUGAACAUGUCCAUUCUCAUUAGCUGAUGCAGUAAUAUAUUCAAUUUAUCUAUGCAUUGCUGGGCUCUUAAUGUAGACAGAGACUUGUCUAAGGUUUGGGUUGUCAGCAAGUUGAAUGGACACUUUAGUUAUUAAAUAAAGACUUUUGACCAAAAUUCAGAAAAAUUAGGAGAGAAAAAUGAAUUCCAGCUACUUUAAUAGAUUUUAAAAUGCUGAUCUUAUUUAGCUUGUUGGCUACCUAGCUGGUAUUGUUUACUUUUAAUUCAUUGUUAAAAUAAGGCAAUAAUUUGCAAGAGUUUGUAAAUAUGUACAUUCUUCAUACCUUUUUAGAUAUCUAUUUCAGUAUUUUCUCAUUAUUUCUGUGUAUAGUAACACUUGUGCAUGCUUGUUGUGACAUUCAUAAAUUUGUACCACUAUGACUAUCCAUGUAAAAUAGCUAUUUAUUGAAUUUUUAUUUUAGAAGCUGGACUUAAUUAUUUUUCUCUCAGUUUAAACAUUUAUAAUGGAGAACUUGUUACUGUUUAUUAAAAGAAUUGUGUUUUGAAAGUCAGCAUGAAGAUAACGGAAUUGGAACCAUAUGAAGAAAUUAUAUUGGUUCUUUGGUAAAGUGCAUUUCUUAUAACAAACUGUGAUGAAUUCUUUGUCCUCUGCCAUAUUUUUUCCUUCAUACAAACAAACCAAAAAUCCAUAAUGGGUAAUUGCAGUGUUGGUAAAUGUAUCCUUUUUAUGUCCAGGGUAUCUGAAGAGGAUAGCUGAUUCAUUUAGAAGUGUAACUGGUGCUGUGCUUAUAGCAAUACUUUGAUUACACAUAUGUCAUCUUCUCAUGCUAGGUUUUAGUUUUCCUCUUGUUAUGGUCAAACUGCUGAAUUUACUUGAAGGAUACUAAAUUGUGUAUUAUUAGGUCAAUUAAUUGUGCAAUUGUUUCCUGGUUUUAAUUUUUAAAACUGAGGGUCAAAAAUGUAUUAAAACUUCAGAUCAAGUAGAACGUAGCGAUAUUACUUCAUUUAACCAAAGUUUUUAGGUGAAUAUUUCAACUUUGAAUGUAAACUAAUGGAUAAACUGACCAACAGGGACAUUAUUUGUCCAGCUCUACAAGCACAUUGUCUACAGAUGGGGAAGCUAAAUACAGUAAUAUAUAAAAUAAUGACAAGGUUACUAUUUUUUUUAUUCCUAUUUUUCAUUGGAAGAAGGAAAAUACUGUCAUUUGUAAAAUGCAGUAGGUAUGGCUAUAGUCCUCUUAAUAAAACAGAUUCUAGUUAUUCUAAGUACCCUGUGCAUAACAAUAAAUUUAGUGACAAUCAGAACAUGGUUUUAAUAUCAGAUGUUCAAAAGGAAUUCGCUAUUGUUGCAUUGGUACAUAUUUGUACAUAAACACAGAUAUUUUUUUUUUUAAUUAGCAUUAUUUUGUAUUUGUUGUAUUUAAUACCUGGUGUACAAUUCCAGAAAUAAAUGUCUGGAAACUGUU